UGACGAUUCAUGAAUUCGUGAUUGAACAAUGACCACAAUAGGAAGUAUAAAGCAAGACAAACUCCCGAUUUACCUUAUCAAAUUAUUGUAUUAAACACUUCGUUCACGGUCGCACGUGCUCAUUUAUCAGUUAUUUGUUUAGUGACAUGUAAGUUGACUUGUGAACUCAUUGUUUAUAGACAAAAAUUGUUGUAGAAAUAAAUAAUGUUUUCUUCAUCGAUAAUGUCGUAUGUAAUUGCUAUAAUUGCAUUUUUAUUGCACACUUCUGCAUACGGACAGGACAGAACGAUAAAUGCAGAGAUAAAUCCGGGAUGCAAUAAUUGCAGUUUGGAGUCCACUCUAGUUUAUAUAAGAGCAGAAGGGCAAACAGACACAAUACAUCAAGUAUGGGACUUCACAAGAGGAAUACCUACAAUAAUAUUAGCAGUCUCCGGAACCAACUCAUCAAUGCAAAUAGCCUGGGACGGUGUAAGACCGGUCAACUUUACAAUGAAUGAAAAAGUGCAUUAUAGUUUUGCUACAGCUAUUGAUAAGAUCUACGAGUACAAUGACCUUGGGGACAAGGGUCGGAUGGAUGAGAAGAGUUGGAUACACUCCCAGUCUCUGAAGAGGGUGACAUGGGAGCUGAAGGAGCAGAUCAUCACUGAGAAGGAGGCAAUGGUGCGUUUACAUGGGACAAUGCACCAUAACAGAAGUAGAGACAUCAUUGAUGUUAAGCUGGAUCUCCUGCCUUAUAAAGACUAUGCGACUGAACUGCCUCACUUAAUCCACACGGCUAACUCCACACUGGUAGACAUCAGCUUGGUGAACUUGACCACCUCGCGGUAUUACAACUCCUCGCGGUUCGCACUGCACCUGGUGCUAGUCAGUACGGACCCAGCGACUGAUACUAUGCAUAAUGUGAUGAGGAAGAGUUUGGAUGAUGAGCACACACCUGGUGUCUUUGAGAUAAUCGAGAUAAAGACACCAGCGUCGUUAUCUUCUGAGAUGGGCGGGUUUGUACAGUUCAGGCCUGUGGGGUACACACAGCACGAGCGCAACGUAGGCUCAUCUACAAUAGCGCAUGUCUCCGACUUCAACAGGACAUCGUUACCUGAUUGGAGCACCCUGAAGACAUUCUACAAAGGUUAUGAUGAGGGUAAUCUGUUAGUACAAGAUAUGGUGGUGUGCUUUGGUGAGCCCGGAGAUGGCUUUUACAAGAGAUACAACUAUACUGCAUGGUCAUACACAAUAGGAUACGGUGCUCCGCCAAUGGAGGGGUUCUCAUUGUUCGUGAUCGUGAUAAUAUCAGUGGGUCUGGGUGUGCCCGUGUUGCUCGCACUGUCCGGUGUACUGUACGCGGUGCGCCGCAAGUACAGACACAACCCGCCCACACGACUCAUCAACGAAGACUGACCCUAUAGUUACACUUUGAUGGAUUCUUAUACAGAAAUAUUUGUUAGAAAUUAACCAAAUACCGCAUACAAAGACAACGAUUUCCUCGUUUUU